AUGGCCACUCUGCUCCGGAAAAUCGGGCUCAUCCGGCUGCACAACAGGGACACGGAGGAUCCCAAGCACCAUCACCACCACCACCGCAGCAGCAGCAGCAGCCAGCAGGGCUCCUCGCUCCGAGCCAAGGGCAGCCAGAAGAACAGCAGCAACAAGCAGCAGGGCAGCGCCGGCUGCAGCAGCAGCAGCAGCCCCAGCAAGGAGGGCAGCCCAGCGGGCAACAAGGCCAAGAAAGUGCUGGAGCUCUCCAAGCAGCCGCCGCAGCAGCCUGGCUCGGGGGCCCAAGCCGCAGCUGCUGCCGGGGGGGAGCAGCAGCGCCGGGCCGGCCCUGCCCAGCUGGUGCCGCCCCCGUCGGGCUCUGCCCCGCUGGCGCCCCUGGGCAGGCAGCAGCACUGCACGCAGGUGCGGAGCCGGCGGCUGAUGAAGGAGCUGCAGGACAUCGCCCGGCUGAGCGACCGCUUCAUCUCGGUGGAGCUGGUGGACGAGAGCCUGUUCGACUGGAACGUGAAGCUGCACCAGGUGGACAAGGACUCGGUGCUGUGGCAGGACAUGAAGGAGACCAACACCGAGUUCAUCCUGCUCAACCUCACCUUCCCCGACAACUUCCCCUUCUCGCCACCCUUCAUGAGGGUGCUCAGCCCCCGCCUGGAGAAUGGCUACGUGCUGGACGGCGGGGCCAUCUGCAUGGAGCUGCUCACCCCUCGCGGCUGGUCCAGUGCCUACACCGUGGAGGCGGUCAUGAGGCAGUUCGCAGCCAGCCUGGUGAAGGGUCAGGGCCGUAUCUGCAGAAAAGCUGGCAAAUCAAAAAAGUCCUUCAGUCGUAAGGAAGCUGAAGCAACAUUUAAGAGUUUAGUGAAGACCCAUGAAAAAUAUGGGUGGGUCACUCCUCCCGUCUCUGAUGGCUGA